GGCCCGGAUGUGGAAUUAGUAAAUACGGUGGUUUAACCCGUGCGCUGCUGGUGAGGCGAGGCCAGGCCGGACUAGACUAGACCCAGACGAGGCGGGGUAGAUUGCGGCUGUGGGCAAGUCGGAGGGCUGUCCAAUGGCAAUAAAGUGAUCAAUCAUGGCUCUAAUGAUCCCCACAGUCAAGCUAAAAUGGCUGGAGCAUCUCAACAGCUCCUGGAUCACAGAAGACAGUGAGUCCAUUGCCACAAGAGAAGGUGUUUCUGUUUUGUACAAUAAGCUAGCUAACAGUAAGGAAGUGAUACCACUACCACAGCAAGUACUCUGCCUUAAGGGACCCCAGUUACCAGAUUUUGAACGCGAGUCCCUCUCUAGUGAUGAACAAGAACAUUAUCUGGAUGCUCUCCUCAGUAGCCAGCUGGCUCUGGCAAAGAUGGUUUGCUCAGAUUCACCAUUUGCCGCAGCCCUUCGGAAACGAUUACUUGUGUUGCAGCGUGUUUUUUAUGCUCUUUCCAACAAAUACCAUGACAAAGGUAAAGUUAAACAGCAGCAGCAUUCGCCCGAAAGCAGUUCUGGAUCAAUUGACAUCCAUUCUGUCAGUGAACGCCCAAGAUCCAGUACAGAUGCUCUAAUUGAGAUGGGUGUUCGGACUGGAUUGAGUUUAUUGUUUGCACUAUUACGACAGAGCUGGAUGGUGCCUUCUACAGUGCCAGGGCUCAACCUCUGCAAUGAUGUUAUCCAUACAGCAAUAGAUGUGAUUAGCUCUUUACCACCACUAUCUUUAGCAAAUGAAAGCAAAAUUCCUGCAAUGGGACUGGACUGCUUAUCUCAAGUAACGACAUUCCUGAAGGGAGUUACAAUGCCGAACUCGGGAGCUGAUAUUUUGGGGAGAAGACUAGCAUCAGAACUGCUGCUUGGACUUGCAGCCCAGCGGGGUUCUCUGCGAUACUUUUUAGAGUGGAUAGAAAUGGCAUUGGCUGCAUCUGCUGCUGUUAGUACCAUGGAAAUAACAAAACCGUGUGCGAGUCGGGAAGGAAUGAUCGGCUAUGAUUGUUUCAUGAAUAUUCUCAUGCAGAUGAGGCGUUCUUUGGGUUCAUCAGCUGAUCGGAGUCAGUGGCGCGAGCCUACCAGAACGCCUGAUGGUUUGUGCUCAUUAUAUGAGGCAGCUCUCUGCCUCUUUGAAGAGGUGUGUCGAAUGGCCUCGGACUACUCCAGGACGUGCGCAAGCCCUGAUAGUUUGCAGAGUGGCGACACUCCAAUGGUGUCGGAAACAUGCGAAGUAUAUGUUUGGGGUAGCAACAGCAGUCAUCAGCUAGUUGAGGGAACGCAGGAAAAAAUUCUGCAGCCAAAACUAGCUUUAAGUUUUGCUGAUGCGCAAACUAUUGAAGCUGGACAGUAUUGCACGUUUGUCAUUGCAUCUGAUGGAUCAGUAAGAGCAUGUGGCAAAGGCAGUUAUGGAAGGCUUGGUCUCGGCGACUCAAAUAACCAAUCAACUUUGAAAAAAUUAACCUUUGAGCCACAUCGAGCUAUCAAAAAAAUCUCCUCAUCAAAAGGCUCUGAUGGUCAUACCCUGGCCUUUACCACAGAGGGGGAAGUCUUCAGCUGGGGUGACGGUGACUAUGGCAAACUUGGGCAUGGUAACAGUUCAACACAGAAAUACCCUAAACUCAUUCAAGGACCUCUCCAAGGGAAAGACGUUGUAUGUGUCUCUGCUGGCUACAGACACAGUGCAGCUGUCACAGAAGAUGGUGAAUUGUAUACCUGGGGUGAAGGGGACUUUGGAAGAUUAGGCCAUGGUGAUAGCAAUAGUCGUAACAUCCCCACCUUGGUGAAGGAUAUAAGCAAUGUAGGUGAAGUAUCUUGUGGAAGCUCGCACACCAUUGCGUUAUCUAAAGAUGGACGAACAGCGUGGUCUUUUGGGGGAGGUGACAAUGGUAAACUGGGUCAUGGUGAUACGAAUCGAGUUUAUAAACCGAAGGUUAUUGAAGCCUUGCAAGGAAUGUUCAUUCGUAAAGUCUGUGCUGGGAGCCAGUCUUCACUUGCUUUGACAUCAACUGGCCAGGUAUAUGCUUGGGGCUGUGGUGCUUGUCUCGGAUGUGGCUCUUCGGAAGCUACUGCUUUGAGACCCAAACUUAUUGAGGAACUAGCGACAACAAGAAUAGUUGACCUCUCGAUAGGAGACAGCCACUGUUUGGCGCUUUCACACGAUAAUGAGGUUUACGCUUGGGGUAAUAAUUCUAUGGGGCAAUGUGGCCAGGGAAACUCAACCGGUCCCAUCACCAAACCUAAAAAAGUGAUUGCUUUGGAUGGCGUGGCAUGUCAGCAGAUCUCUGCUGGGACUUCACACAGCCUAGCUUGGACCGCAUUGCCCAGGGACAGGCAAGUGGUGGCAUGGCACAGACCUUACUGUGUAGAUUUAGAAGAAAGCACCUUCUCUCACUUGCGAUCGUUUCUCGAGUGGUACUGUGAUGGCAUCAACAGUGAAGUUCCACCUCUCCCCUUCCCUUCGUCCAGGGAACAUCAUAAUUUUCUUAAGCUAUGUCUCAAACUGCUGUCCAACCAUCUGGCCCUGGCUUUAGCUGGCGGUGUAGCUACCAGUAUCCUUGGGAGACAGGCCAGACCACUGCGUAAUCUGCUUUUCAGACUAAUGGACUCCUCUGUUCCUGAUGAAAUUCAAGAGGCUGUUAUAGAGACAUUGUCUGUGGGUGCUACGAUGUUACUUCCACCACUGCGGGAAAGGAUGGAGCUGCUACAUGCACUGCUUCCACAGGGUCCUGAUCGAUGGGAAAGCUUAACAAAAGGACAGAGAAUGCAGCUGGAUAUUAUUCUCACCAGCUUGCAGGACCACACCCACGUGGCUUCUUUGCUGGGUUACAGCUCUCCUCCCGAUGUUGAAGCCUCCUCUACAGGGCCAAGUUACAGCAGCUUCCCUGACACAUCGUUCACCUCCCAGGCCAGUCAUCCUGAUACUCAUUUGGCAGAGAUCUUGAUGAAAACACUGCUGAGGAAUUUAGGAUUCUACACAGAUCAAGCUUUUGGAGAACUCGAAAAAAAUAGUGACAAGCAACUAUUGGGAACUUCAUCAGCAGAAAACAGCCAGCCAGCUCACUUACACGAGCUCCUGUGCUCCCUGCAGAAGCAACUUCUGGCAUAUUGCCACAGCAACAGUGUCAAUGAGAGCUCCAGCAGCGUGGCAUUGUUACACAAACACCUUCAGCUCUUGCUGCCUCAUGCAACUGAGAUUUACACCCGUUCUGCAACGCUGCUGAAGGAAAGCUCCUGGAAUGGAAGUGUCCGGGACAAGCUUCAAGGAGUCCUGUAUGGAUCGGCAGCUGGGAGCAUGGUGUGUCAGAUCAUUAAUUCUCUAUUGUUGCUGCCUGUCUCUGUGGCGCGGCCUUUGCUAAGCCACCUGCUGGAUUUACUACCAUCAUUGGAUCGUUUAAACCGACUUUUACCGGCGGCAGGCUUUUUAGAGGAACAGGAGCUGCAAUGGCCACUGCAUGGUAAUCCUGAAUGUGUUGACCCUGAGGAUUUGGCCAUUCCACACCCUGCCCAGUCUUGGGUCUGGAUGGUGGAUCUGGAGAGAACGGUUGCACUACUCGUGGGCCGAUGUCUUGGUGGAAUGUUGCAGGGUUCACCGACGUCACCAGAGGAACAAGACACGGCUCACUGGUUGAAAACGCCGCUCUUCAGCAAUGGAUUGGAAAUGGAUCACUCUCAGCUAGAUAAAUGCAUGAGCUCUCUGCUAGAAGUUGCACUGUCUGGAAAUGAAGAACAGAAACCUUUUGAAUAUAGCCUUGGAGCAGAGAACGUAAUGCUUGUUGAUCUGGCUUUGGGCUCCAGCAAAGAACCUGUCAAUGCUCUGUGGCUCAAAAUGCAGGACUAUGCGGUCACCAAAGAUUGGGAUAGUGCUGUACUUGGCAACGAGACCUUGUUGGAUACAGCUUCAAGAUUUGUCCUUGCAGCUCUUUUGAAGCACACUAGUUUACUCAAUCAAGUAUGUGGGGAGAGCAGAUACCAACCUAGUAAAGCACUUGCAGAAAUAUAUCGUUGCGUUUACAAGGUCCGUAACAGAUUACUAGCAUGUAAAAACAUGGAGCUUAUCCAGACACAGUCACCUUCCAAUGAAAGGAGGUUGUCGGAGAAUAAAGAGUCAACAGAUGCUGACCUUCAGGAGCAAUCUUUCACUCGCACCAUUGAUGAAGAAGCUGAGAUGGAAGAGCAAGCAGAUCGGGAUCGUGAAGAUGAGCACCAGGGACAAGAGGAGGAAGAGGAAGAAAGGGAACAAGAGGUCAUGACUGCCGGAAAAAUCUUUCAAUGUUUCCUAUCAGCCCGUGAAGUUGCCCGCGGCCGUGACCGGGAGAGAUUGAGCAGCACGCCUGGAAUCGGCACGGGUCCCGCUGUCCGGCUGGACGAUCCACCAUCUCAGCUGAGAGAAGAGCGGCGAGUCAGCACUGGGCUUGCAGAAGGACAGGACCAUUACACAGCAGCGUGCAACUCUGUUAUUCAUCGCUGUACACUGCUUAUUCUGGGAGUCACCCCGGCCAUACAAGAGUUGCACCAAAAGGACGAGGGGCUAAAAGGAAAUGGUAUUUCCGGAGUUAUUGACGGACUUGGUUUUAUGACCAGGAGUGAAAGCUUGACAGCAGAAACCCAUUCCGUGCAAUCAAAUUCUACCUAUAAACUGACUAAAUCAAGAAGUGAAUCAGACUUGUCUCAGCCCGACUCAGACGAGGAAGUCUGUGCUUUUAACUCCAGAAGAAAUGUGGAUAUGGAUUUAACAUCAGUUCAACGAAAACGUGGACCUCCUUAUAGCACCGAUUCCCUGAGAACUUCUUGGACGUGGCUGAAAUACAGUAGAGAUGCAUCCUAUGAUACUUCCCCCUUGUCUAAUACAGUGGAAUUUGAUUUGAACCAGUCAUUCGGAAUUCACGCCUUUAUUGAUAAUGUGGUUAAUUUUGUGAGUGGAGGCGUUGGCACUUCCCCAGCUUUUAAAGAGCCCGAAGAAAAUAUGUCCUCCAAUCCUCAAGCCAUCAUCAUUGCAAUGGAACAGCAGCAGAUGAGGUCUGAGCUUCGACUGGCAUCGCUUCAUCAAAUCCUGGUGUUGCUUUCUGGAAUGGAGGAAAAGGGCAGCCAGUUUGCAGGAAGCAGUUGCCUGGCAUCAUGGUUCCACUCUGCUUCUUUGCUCACUUCAGUCCGACUGCAAUUUCUUGCAGGAUGCUUUGGCCUGGGCACAGUCGGAAAUAUAGAAAUCAACGGUGAAAGUGUUCAACUGCAUCACUAUCAGGAUGGCAUAAGAGCUGCUAAGAGAACCAUUCAGAUGGACAUCCAGGAUGCAGUUCACAAGAUCUACCAGCAGCUGUCUGCUAUUCUUGAGCGGGCUUUACAGGCAAACAAGCACCACAUUGGAGCACAACAACGCCUUUUACUGGUGACAGUUUUUGCACUUAGUGUGCGUUAUCACCCUGUAGAUGUCUCCUUGGCAAUCUCCAGUGGCUUGUUGAAUGUAUUGUCCCAGUUGUGUGGCACCGAUACUAUGCUGGGACAGCCACUGCAGUUGUUACAAAAGCCCGGCAUUUCACAGCUCAGCACAGCGUUAAAGGUAGCCAGCACCAGAUUACUUCAGAUUCUAGCCAUUACCACAGGAACGUACGCAGACAAGCUGAGCCCGAAGGUGGUUCAGUCCCUGUUGGAUCUGCUGUGCAGUCAGCUGAAGAACCUGCUCUCCCAGGCUGGAGUGCAGCUAACACCCUUGCACGGAAACAGAGAGAACAAACUGGAUGACACUGGCGAGACUGAGGAUGCAAAGGAUUUUCGAGCAAUUCUUCGGAAGCAGCACACUGCUGAGCUGCAGCUGGGGGAUUUUCUUGUUUUCCUACGCAGAGUUGUGUCUUCAAAGGCUAUUCAGUCGAAAAUGGCCUCGCCUAAAUGGACGGAAGUGCUACUUAACAUUGCGGCUCAGAAGUAUUUUUCAGGUGUCCCACUGGCUGGCAACCUCAGAACCAGAUUGCUGGCCCUUCAUGUUCUGGAGGCAGUGUUGCCUGCCUGUGAGUCGAGUGUAGAAGACGAUCAGAUGAUACAGGUGGUGGAACACCUAUUCUUGCUCAUCUCUAAUUGCAUGUGGGAGGCCCCCAUUUCCCAGGCAAAACACACAAUUCAGGUCAAGGAGAAGGAGCAGCCAACAAAACUACAGAAGCAAGGAGAAAUAGAAGAAGAAGACGAAAAUCUUCCUAUCCAAGAAGUAUCCUUUGAUCCUGAGAAAACUCAGUGUUGUGCGGUGGAGAAUGGACAAGUACUGACCCAUGGGAGUGGUGGAAAGGGCUAUGGUCUCGCAUCGACUGGCAUUGCUUCUGGAUGCUAUCAGUGGAAGUUUUAUAUAGUGAAGGAGAAUCGAGGUAAUGAAGGCACGUGUGUUGGAGUAUCACGCUGGCCUGUGCAUGAUUUCAACCAUCGGACUACCUCGGACAUGUGGCUGUACAGGGCUUACAGCGGUAAUCUUUACCACAAUGGUGAACAGACACUGACUCUCUUCAGCUUUACACAAGGAGACCACAUAACAUGCGUCCUCGACAUGGAGGCCAGGACAAUCUCAUUUGGGAAAAACGGAGAGGAACCUAAGUUAGCGUUUGAAGAUGUGGAUGCAGCAGAGUUGUACCCUUGUGUCAUGUUCUACAGCAGUAAUCCUGGUGAAAAGGUGAAAAUAUGUGAGAUGCAAAUGCGGGGAACGCCCAGAGAUCUACUUCCCGGCGAUCCUAUCUGUAGCCCUGUGGCUACCGUGCUGGCCGAGGCCACCAUCCAACUCAUCCGCAUUUUGCAUCGUACCGAUAAGUGGACUCGCUGUAUAAACAAAAACAUGAUGGAUCGUUUACAGAAAGUCAAAUCGUGCAUUAAAGAUGUCAGCCAGAAACUGAAGAAGAGCCGUUCUGUGCAAAGCAGAGAGGAGCAUGAAAUGAAGGAAGAGAGUAAGGAGGAUGAAAAGGGCAAGCACAGCAAGCAUGGCUUGACAGAGCUGACAGAAAUCCAGCUGCGGACUCUCUGCACUGAGGUAUGGCCGGUGCUGGCAGUAAUCGGCGGUGUGGACACAGGUCUACGGGUUGGAGGCAGGUGCAUUCACAAGCAAACAGGAAGACAUGCUACUCUUUUAGGUGUGGUCAAGGAAGGGAGCACUUCAGCCAAGGUGCAGUGGGAUGAUGCUGAAAUAACAAUAAGCUUCCCAACUUCUUGGUCACCCAGUGACACGCCACUCUACAACCUGGAGCCCUGUGAUCCACUGCCGUUUGAUGUGUCGCGUUUCCGUGGGUUGACUGCUUCGCUGCUGCUAGAUCUCAUGUAUCUAACUGGCAUCCAUGAAGAUGGAACCAAACAGAGUGCGAGAAGACAUGAGAAAAAACACAGGCAUGAAUCUGAAGAGAAAGCAGAAGUGGAGCAGAAACCUGAGGCCGACUCUACAAAAGAAGCCAUUGAUCAGCGAGCAAUAACUCAAUCAUCUGAGGAAACUAAGGGUUUUAUGCAAUGUGGUGCUUCCAGUUCUCGAUCAGAAAAUGAUAUUUCAACUUGCACUAUGGACUCUGUACAUCUCAGUUUAGAUUCUCAUCAGCAUUUUCUCGAGGGAAAACGAAAACUGCACGAGCACUUGCUCCGAAAUCACGACUUAGUUCAGUCAGAAAUCCGAGCAGUUCAGUUGUCUUACCUGUAUCUUGGUGCUAUGAAGACACUUAGUGCACUGCUGAGCUGCAGUAAGUAUGCAGAGCUGCUGCUGAUCCCGAAGGUUUUAACUGAGAAUGGCCACAACUCGGACUGUGCUGGCUCCCCGGUUAUUCAGGAUGACGUUGAGAUGAGAUCUGCGCUCCAGUUCCUGAUGCGCCACAUGGUGAAACGGGCCGUCAUGCGAUCGCCAAUUAAGAGAGCUUUGGGGCUGUCUGAUCUGGAGCGUGCACAGGCCGUGAUUUACAAACUGAUUGUGAGCUCCUUGCUGGACGAUCACUGUGGCGGAAAAGCUAAACAAGAUGUCUGCCAACAGCCUGAGGAAAUGGACACAGCUGUGCAGGCUCAAACACCCGUUACUACCAGCCCGUCUGCUUCCAGCACCACUUCGUUCAUGAGCAGUUCUCUUGAAGACACCACCACUGCUACCACCCCUGUCACUGACACAGAAACUGUGCCUGCCUCAGAAUCACCAAGUGUAAUGCCACUCAGCCUUUUACGCCAAAUGUUCUCCAGUUACCCAACUACUACCUUGCUGCCCACUCGACGGGCACAAACUCCACCCAUGUCUUCCUUGCCAACCUCACCUACGGAAGAGGUGGGUAGACGUCAAAGCCUCACGUCACCAGACUCGCAGCCAACCCGACCAACAAACCGAACAGCUUCAUCUGAUCCUAGUAGCAGACUGUCAACGUCACCACCACCACCACCCAUUGCUGUUCCUCUUUUGGAAAUGGGUUUCUCCCUCCGGCAGAUUACAAAAGCCAUGGAAGCCACGGGGGCUAGAGGAGAGGCAGAUGCCCAGAACAUCACUGUGUUGGCCAUGUGGAUGAUUGAGCACCCUGGCACGGAAGAGGAUGACGAGCCACAGUCGACAGUCCCUACAGAUUCAUGCUUUGGGGCAACUGCUUCAGGCAAUGGGGACAAGGCCAGAGACCAAGGCUUCCUGCAGUCACCUGAAAUACCUGCUGCUGAUGCCACUGAAGCAGAAGAGGGUUUCAGUGAGGGCCCUGAUGGACUGGAUCUUGAGGAGAACGGAUCAUCGGCCAGUGUGCCUUCUUCCCGAAGCCGUUCCACUGUCACUCGGAGGCAAAAGUUUGAGUUGGCAGCUCGGACAUUGUUGGCGCGUGCAGGUGAUUCAAGUAUUCCUACACAGAAAACUCAAGACCAUCUGUGGCUUCGACUAACUGGAGAAGCAGGUUUGUAUCGUUCAGUUCAGGCUCAUCGAAAUCAAAGCCGACGCGAGGGGACGUCAGUACCACAGGAUCCAGGUGCCCUCUAUGACUUCAGCCUUGAUGAGGAAUUGGAGAUUGACCUGGACGAUGAAGCAAUGGAAGCCAUGUUUGGUCAGGACUUUGCGAGUGACAGUGAUAUAUUGGGAAUGUGGAUUCCAGAGGUAUUGGACUGGCCGACAUGGCAUGUUUGUGAGUCUGACGAACGAGACGAAUUGGUCAUCUGUGAACUUUGCGAUGCCAAUGUUACGCAGUUUAACCAUCACAUGAAGAAAAACCACCCCGGCUGUGGACGGAGUGCCAAUCGGCAGGGCUACCGCAGCAAUGGCUCUUACGUUGAUGGGUGGUUUGGUGGGGAGUGCGGGAGCGGCAAUCCAUAUUAUCUCUUGUGCAGCAGCUGCAGAGACAAGUACCUUGCGACAAAGAGCAAGACAAAAGUCCCAGUUUCAGAAAGAUACAAAGGCCAGGCACCUGAUCUGAUAGGCAAGCAAGAGAGCAUCUAUGAAGAAGACUGGGACAUGUUGGACCUUGAUGAAGAUGAGAAACUGACCGGAGAGGAAGAGUUUGAAAUGUUAGCGGGGCCUCUUGGCCUGAGUGAUCGCCGAAUCGUACCCGAGCCUGUGCAGUUUCCGGACAGUGAUCCACUGGGAGCAUCUGUCGCCAUGGUAACAGCAGCCAACAGUAUGGAAGAGACUCUCAUACAAAUAGGUUGCCUUGGGUCGGUAGAUAAAUAUUCAUCGGGUCGGAUAACGCUUGGAGAACAGGCGGCUGCCCUGCUCAACCCACACGACCGGGUCAUGGCCCUGAGGAGAGUGACGGCGGCAGCACAGGUUCUUCUCGCCAGGACCAUGGUGAUGAGAGCUCUCUCAUUGCUCUCCGUCAGUGGCUCUAGUUGCAGUCUGGCAGCAGGUCUGGAGUCCUUGGGAUUAACUGAUAUCAAGACCCUGGUCCGAUUGAUGUGCCUGGCUGCAGCGGGCCGAGCAGGUCUCACCCCGAGUCCAGGGACCACCAGUCUUUCAGAACGCCCGCGUGGAGCUCACAGAAAAAUCAACAAGCCAAUCUCCUGCCUGGCCUACUUGAGCACUGCAGUUGGCUGCUUAGCUUCCAACAGUCCAAGUGCGGCCAAGUUGCUUGUGCAGCUCUGCACACAGAACUUGAUCUCGGCAGCGACAGGUAUGAAUCUCACAACCAUAGAUGAUCCCAUUCAGAGAAAGUUUCUCCCCAGUUUCCUUCGAGGCAUUGCUGAGGAAAAUAAGCUUGUGACCUCGCCAAACUUUGUUGUGACUCAAGCAUUGGUGGCACUGCUCGCUGACAAGGGUGCAAAACUGAGACCAACCUACGACAAGGCAGAGAUGGAGAAAAGAGGUUUUAUUGCCCAUUUGUAUGCCCAUCCUUCCUAUGAUCCUUCUGCUGUAGGCCCUCUGGAACUGGCUAAUGCCUUAGCAGCUUGCUGCCUCUCCUCUAGACUAUCUUCCCAGCACAGACAGUGGGUUGCUCAGCAGCUCGUCCGGACUCUAGCAGCACACGACCGUGAUAACCAAAGCAAACCGCAGACAUUUGCGGACAUGUCGGGGGACCUUCGCAAAUGUCCAUUCAUCAAGCUGGAAGCACAUCAGAAUAGGGUAAUUACUUGUGAAUGGUGCAAUAAAAAAGGUCUCCUCGCAACGAGUGCCAAUGAUGGAACUGUUAGAGUGUGGAGUGUCACUAAAAAUCAUUACACUUUACAGCAAACCUGUAUUUUCAACAAAUCAGAAGUUAGUGCAGAAGACCUGGGCUCCCUGGGAUCACCUUGUGAUCCGAAUUUGUCCCUUGUUUGCUGGAGCGUCAGUGGAAAAUACAUUGCAGCGGCAUUGGAGAAGGUGGUCAACAUCUGGCAAAUCACUGGAGGCAAGGGGCUUUUGGACGUCCAGCCACACUGGGUUUCUGCUCUUGCUUGGCCUGAAGAAGGUCCCGUGGCAAGCUGGGCAGGUGACACUUUAGAAGUUCUACUGGUGGGGCGAAUGGAUGGAAGUCUGGGGCUGAUUGAGGUGGUAGACUCCUGUACCAUGCACCGGGUCGAGCUCGAACAUUGCUACAGGAAGGAUGUUGCUGUCAUGGCCAUCGCGUGGUAUAGUGAGGACAAGCCAUUUGCGGUGGGAUACGCAGAUGGGAAACUGCUGAUUGGCACCAAGGAACCUCUGGAGAAGGGAACAGUUGUUAUGAUUGAUGCACACAAGGAAAGUAUCGCUUGUAUAAAGUGGGACCCAUUAGGACAGUUGCUUAUGAGCUGUGCCAAAGAAACCACCGUCAAACUAUGGAGCUUUGCGGGCGACAGCUGGAAUUGUCUAUACAAGCUGCCUCAUCCAGCAUUGGUGAAUAACGUCACUUGGUGCAGUCUUCUGGGAAAGGGAUUCAAGUUGCGCCUCAUGUUGGCCAGUGGUUGUCAGAAUGGUUUGGUGUGUGUCUGGACUGUUCCCCAGGAUGUUUCCAAAAUAUCACUGUCCGCUUCCAGCAGCUCUGAAGAAUGGUGGGAGCAAGGAACAAAGAGCCAAAUAAAGAAUUUGAAGAGUGGAUAUAGGAAAGCUGAGGAGGCAACGUGCAUCUACCAACUGAAAGGGCACCUCACUCCAGUUAGAAGUGUUUGCUUCAACUCUGAUGGGCUGGUCUUGGUGUCGGGAGGACUUGGUGGGCUGAUGAACAUUUGGUCACUUAGGGAUGGCAGUGUGCUGCAGAGUGUGGUUACAGGAUCUGGUGCUAUUCAGAACAUUGCCUGCAUCCCUGACGUUGGUGUUGUGGCUUGCUCCAGUAGAUCAAAGGAUGUGCUGGUGGUGAACUGCACCAAUGAAUGGAUAGCUGGCAACCAUGUUUUAGCAACGUGUAGAACUUCACUGAAGAAACAAGGAGUUAUUGGACUAAACAUGGCCCCGUGCAUGAGGACCUUUCUUGAAAGGUUACCAAUCAUGUUGCAGGAGCAAUAUGCCUAUGAAAAGCCUCAUGUUAUCUGUGGAGACCAACUUAUCCAUAGUCCGUACAUGCAAUGUUUAGCAUCGCUGGCUGUAGGCCUUCAACUCGAUCAACUCUUAUGUAACCCACCAAUACCACCUCAUCAUGCCGGUUGUCUACCUGACCCUUCCACCUGGAACUCCUCCGAGUGGUCCUGGUUGGAAUGUUUCUCCACCACUGUUAAGGCUGCAGAGGCAUUAGCAAAAGGAGCAGCGUUGCCAGAAUGCUUCACUGUCCCAGACCUUGAACCAGUACCGGAGGAUGAGCUGGCACAUGUGAUGGACAACAGUAAAUGGUUCACUGGAAUGGAUGAACAGAUUAUGUCCUGGGCAACAUCCCGGCCAGAGGACUGGCACCUUGGUGGAAAAUGUGACGUUUAUCUUUGGGGAGCAGGACGCCAUGGGCAGUUAGCAGAAGCUGGAAGAAAUGUUAUGAUACCAACUGGUGCACCUUCGUUUUCACAAGCUCAGCAGGUUAUUUGUGGGCAGAAUUGUACUUUUGUCAUCCAGGCUAACGGGACUGUGAUGGCGUGUGGGGAAGGAAGCUAUGGUCGCCUUGGACAGGGGAAUUCAGACGACCUUCACGUCUUAACCGUCAUUUCGGCACUCCAAGGUUUUGUGGUGACGCAGUUGGUGACUUCCUGUGGAUCUGAUGGCCACUCGAUGGCACUGACGGAAAGUGGGGAGGUCUUCAGUUGGGGUGAUGGGGAUUACGGCAAGCUGGGCCACGGAAACAGUGACCGGCAGCGCAGACCGCGACAAAUCGAGGCACUGCAGGGCGAAGAGGUUGUCCAGAUGUCAUGCGGCUUUAAGCAUUCAGCAGUGGUUACGGCAGAUGGCAAGUUGUUCACCUUUGGAAAUGGAGACUAUGGACGUUUAGGACUCGGUAACACAUCCAACAAAAAGCUGCCGGAGAGAGUGGCAGCAUUGGAGGGUUAUCAAGUCGGACAGGUUGCAUGCGGUUUAAAUCACACAUUAGCCGUCUCUGCUGAUGGCAUGAUGGUUUGGGCCUUUGGUGACGGAGAUUACGGAAAGCUGGGCCUCGGCAACUCGACGGCCAAGUCUUCUCCACAGAAAGUAGAUGUUUUGUGCGGAAUAGCAAUCAAGAAGGCUGCGUGUGGCACACAGUUUUCUGUUACCUUGACAAAAGAUGGCCAUGUGUACACCUUUGGCCAAGACCGCUUGAUAGGGUUGCCAGAAGGUCGUGCCCGCAACCACAACAGACCUCAACUGGUACCUGCUCUGAAUGGCGUGUUCAUUGAGGACAUCGUGGUGGGCGCUGAGCACACACUGGGUCUCUCCUCAUCCGGAGAUGUUUAUGGAUGGGGCAGCAACUCGGAAGGGCAGCUGGGUCUGGGCCACACCAAUCAUGUGAGAGAGCCCACUUUAAUCACAGCCCUCCAGGGGAAGGGCAUUCGGCAGAUCUCAGCGGGCCGGUGCCACAGUGUGGCGUGGACGGCCCCUCCUGUACCCCCCAGAGCACCAGGCGUAUCGGUUCCUCUGCAAUUAGGUCUGCCAGACUCUAUCCCGCCACAAUUCAGUUCACUGAAGGAAGUAUCUAUUGAAACCAUCAGGGCCAGGCUACGAUUGCUGUACCACUUCUCUGACCUUAUGUACUCUUCAUGGAGGUUACUUAAUCUCAGUCCCAACAAUCAGAAUAGUACAUCGCACUACAAUGCUGGAACAUGGGGAAUAGUCCAAGGACAACUGAGACCUUUACUUGCACCGAGGGUUUAUACUCUUCCCAUGGUGCGCUCCAUAGGAAAGACAAUGGUCCAAGGCAAAAACUAUGGUCCUCAGAUCACUGUGAAAAGGAUAUCUACCAGAGGCCGGAAGUGUAAACCUAUCUUCGUUCAGAUCGCGAGACAAGUGGUCAAGCUGAAUGCGUCGGAUCUGCGAUUACCUUCUCGUGCUUGGAAGGUGAAGCUGGUGGGGGAGGGUGCCGAUGAUGCUGGUGGAGUAUUUGACGAUACCAUCACAGAGAUAUGUCAGGAGCUUGAAAUGGGGAUUGUUGACCUGCUGAUUCCUACUCCAAAUGUGACGGCUGAAGUAGGCUAUAAUAGAGACAGGUUCCUUCUUAACCCUUCGACUUGUUCAGAAGAGCACCUGCUGCAGUUCAAGUUUCUGGGCAUUCUUAUGGGUGUUGCCAUUCGCACAAAGAAACCACUGGAUCUCCACUUGGCCCCGAUGGUAUGGAAGCAGCUUUGCUGUAUUCCACUCUCGUUAGAAGAUCUUGAAGAGGUGGAUUUGCUCUAUGUACAAACUCUGAACAGCAUUCUUCACAUUGAAGAUAGCGGAAUUACUGAGGAGAAUUUCCAUGAGAUGAUACCUCUUGAUUCAUUUGUGGGGCAAAGUGCUGACGGCAAAAUGGUUCCCAUAAUCCCAGGUGGAAACAGCAUCCCGCUCACCUUUUCCAAUCGGAAGGAGUAUGUGGACAGGGCCGUCGAGUAUCGGUUGCACGAAAUUGAUCGUCAAGUGGCUGCCGUUCGAGAGGGGAUGUCUUGGAUCAUUCCUGUCCCACUACUGUCUCUCCUCACUGCUAAACAGUUGGAACAGAUGGUUUGUGGGCUGCCGGAAAUCUCUGUCGAAGUCCUGAAGAAAGUAGUGCGUUACCGGGAGGUGGAUGAGCAGCAUCAGCUGGCGCAGUGGUUCUGGAAGACGUUAGAGGAAUUCUCCAACGAAGAGAGAGUCCUCUUCAUGCGCUUUGUGUCGGGCAGAUCCCGCUUGCCAGCCAACACGGCGGACAUCUCACAGCGGUUUCAGAUUAUGAAGGUUGACAGGCCUUACGACAGUUUGCCUACCUCACAAACCUGCUUCUUCCAGCUGCGGCUGCCCCCGUACUCCAGCCAGUCCGUCAUGGCUGAAAGACUGCGCUACGCUAUCAACAACUGCAGGUCCAUCGACAUGGACAACUACAUGUUGUCCCGCAAUGUGGACAACACAGAAGGCUCCGACACAGAUUACUGAUACUCCGAACAAAGACUACUGCACUGGGAGCUACAGUGAGUGAGCCUUCUGCUAGUGUAUGUGAAAGUGACUACUGCAGUUUAGUGAGAAGCCCAGAAAAUUUUAAUUGUAUAUGUACUUGAAGAAAAAUGAAUGUGAUUGACAAAUGUUAUUGUUUGAAUUUUAAUUUCAACUAUAAACAGGUUUAAGAAACAAAAAUGCAAUUCUCCUCCUGGUUUUUGUUCCUUUUUUGUUCCGUUUUGGAUAAGUUUGCAUGGAGAUAAUUUGAUGCAUUACUGAGAAUGGUAUAAAUGAUCCCUCCCAGCGUUAGAGGGCUACAAAAUUAAAGUUGAAACGAAAAUGUACAUUGUGUAUAAUUGUUCACGAGGGAGAGCAAUUUUACAUAAAUAUUCUUAUAUUUAUUUUUGUUUUCUUUUGAAUUGCCUGUGCUGAGUUUCCCAUCAGACGUACAUCAGAAGAAUAAAACAUUAAUUUAAAGCCA